UUCAUCUUCUCUUAGACAUUGAGACAUUCCACUCAUGAUGCCUGGUACUCACGGCAAGAAGCCAGAGAGGCUGCACCGGGCCGCGUACAGCUCCCGAAUGAAGGCUUGCUGCUCUUGUCAGAAGCAAAAGGUGCGAUGCUUACCGAGCGGUCGAGAUGGGCCAUGCCAGCAUUGUAGGAAGAAGAACAUUGAGUGCGUGUUUAAGCGUCCAGCUCGAGAGAUCGAGCCAACGCCUAGUGACACAGGGCCACACCGGUCGGAUAUGGUGGAUGAUCUUCGCAUGCUUCACACAGCGAUCAAUAGCAUCCUGCAACAGGGAUCUCAACCGCCCCUCGCUCCCCUCAAAAGCUCCUGGACCGAAAGACUAAACGUUGAGGGCCUAAAUCCGGAUGAGGCUGGCACCUUCAUCGAAGAUGAGGAUCAAGAGAUGGAAGAGGAAUCCGACCUAUUACGUGCACAGAGCGAAGACCCCGUCGAGCCAUUGAGCCAAGCGCCUAUUAGCUCCUUGCAUGAAAUUACGAGGUUAAGGCCACUCAACGCGAAUGGUUCUCCUCCCUCGGUUCCGACGGCAACUCAGCCUCCCGCACGAGAGCCUCAAGACCUGGUCACCGAAGGCAGCCUUCAGCGGAGUGAUGCCGAUCGUCUAGUCAAGAGAUUCCUAGAAGAAACUGACUACUACCUCUAUGGGAUCACAAGCCGAUUUAAAGACCUAGACAGUGUGCGCCGCGCAUCUCCCCUCUUGUUUGUAGCAAUCUGCACAGUCUCGGCUCUUCAUGAACCCGGGAGUGAGCAGUUAUACCGUGCCUGCAGUGCCCGACUUCGCAAGCUCGUGUCUGACUUCAUGUUUAAGAAGCGCGUAAAUCUGUACGAUUUUCAGGGCUUAUGCAUCGCUUCCUUCUGGUUGAGUGAUCUCUCAUGGUCAGUGUCCGGUCUCGCCAUCCGUCGGGCCAUCGAGUUCCAGCUCGACAAGUCAUUCUAUAUUGUCACAGGAACUGGGAAGCUCGAUGACGGGUUCUCCAAGACUAUUGGCAUCAAGACCCGUGAAGAUGCACUCAGCUGCUUGAGGGUGUGGUAUCUAUUCUUCGUUUGCGAUCAUCACCUCUCAAUUCUCUAUGGCAGACCUUCGAGCUUUGGCAGUCAAUCAUCGGUAGUAGCGUGGAGGAAAUACUUUAUCGCCGUUCCCAGCUCGAGCACCGACGUCCGUCUUUCCAGUCAGCUGGAAUUGCUUUCGAUAUUGGAGAAAGUCACCCAUAUGUUCGGCUCGGACGUUGACAGUCGCACAUCGGUACUUUCCCAAAAGUAUCUUGAGGAUUUCGGUUCACAGGUAGAUCAAUGGCGCACCAUGUGGACUGCUCGAUACACAACCCAACGCGACAUCAAGAGUCAUGUAGGAGACUUCCCUCGGAAGAAUCUUCGUCUACACUACUACUUCGCGAAAUUGUUCAUUGGUUCCCAUGUCUUCCGAGGACUUUCUUCCAACCAGGUCCAUGAUCCAAUGCCGACAGAGUUUCACGAAUUAGCUCAUGCAACGGUCGAGUCCGCCAGAUCAACGGUUUACCUUGUCAGCAACGACCCAGAUCUCAAAGCUGGGUUCGUGGGAUUGCCGCACUAUAAUCACACGAUGAUAGCAUAUGCGUGCAAUUUCCUCCUCAAGGUCGCAACAAAGUAUCAUCGUCAUCUGGGUAUUGACCAGAAUGAAGUCUUCAACGACGUGUCGAAAGUUUCAGAGUUCUGCCAGUCCAUACAAUGCACGCGGUACCACCUUGUCAGUUGGAUGGGGGUUGGGUUGGAAAAGUUUGUCGAAAAUUGCCGAAAACUUGCUGAAAGGCAAUCAGAGACUUGCUUGGAUGGACGUGAGCGCAAUGCGACUGUCAACCCGGCUCUCUCUUCUCGAAAGACUAGGGCUAUGGGUAGGAUUACGACAUCAAAUGAUCAAGAUGUAUGGGAUUCGGCAAGACGAGUUGCUGAAGCAUUUCCAACAAGUCUGCAAGGAUUCGAGGAUGGUGACUACAACUUUCCAGAGAAUACAGGUGAUAUGGACAGCAUGGAGAACUUGGGUCUAGACAUGUUGGGGGGGUAUGACCUGUCCUGGGAUUCAUUAUUACCGUCAUUCAACUUUGAGCACAUGGGGUUCGGUUUACUCUAGACAAUAGUCAACUAAGGUAGCUGACCAAAAGGCCUAGAAUAUCUGCAAAGACCAAGUUUAUGGUCUAGCUUUAGUAUAUUGUAAACACAAACACUGCCAUGUUGCUC